GCCGUUUAGUAAUGUAAAAACCUGACCUCUGGACAGAUGUGGCAUAGGACUCCGCUGUUACAAAUUCCCUGAAGGUCAAAUGACGCAUGUGGCUUUCUCUCCUCCCUUUCCGUGAUUAUUUUCUGUUCUGUUAACAGAGAUAUGGAAGUUCUUUCGUGCUGUACACCAUUUAUUUCUCUUCCCACCAUUUCACUCAAGUCAAGGGGUUCUCCAGCAAAGCCUGUUAUGUGCUCAAUUGUUAACAUUGUGCAAACAAACAAUUCUGCGUUUCGAAGAAAACAUGGUGCUACAAUGUGGGGCCCUUUCAACAAUAACAUGAAUGUCUAUCAACUAUUUGAUGAUAUUAACUUGCAAAAUUGGUGUAAGGUGCCACGAAAUGUUGUUGUACAAUCCGAACUUGCUGGAACUGGGUCUCCUCAUGCUGCCUAUCCACUUGCAGAAUUCCAGUUGGGCUCAAAAGUCAGAGGAAUUUGUUUUUAUGCUGUGACUGCUGUUGCUGCCAUUUUCCUGUUUGUGGUCAUGUUGGUGACUCAUCCUUUUGUUAUCUUAUUUGAUCGGUACCGAAGGAAAGUACAUCAUCUUGUUGCAAAGAUUUGGGCAACUUUAACUGUUCUUCCAUUCUUUAAGGUAGAAUUUGAGGGACUAGAGAAUUUGCCACCACCAGAGACCGCUGCUGUAUAUGUUUCUAACCACCAGAGUUUUUUGGACAUCUAUACUCUUCUGAUUCUUGGCAGAAACUUCAAAUUCAUUAGCAAGACUGGAAUUUUUGUCUUUCCUGUUAUUGGAUGGGCAAUGUUCCUAAUGGGUACUAUUCCUUUGAAGCGAAUGGACAGCAAGAGUCAAUUGGACUGUCUAAAGCGUUGCAUAGAUCUGGUGAAACAGGGGGCUUCUGUUUUUUUCUUUCCUGAGGGAACCCGGAGUAAAGAUGGGAAGAUGGGUGUAUUUAAGAAAGGUGCAUUUAGUGUUGCAGCAAAAACUGGAGCACCAGUUGUACCAAUUACUCUUUUGGGAACUGGCAAUCUUAUGCCUGCUGGGAUGGAGGUCACAUUGAAUUCAGGAUCUGUGAAAGUUGUCAUUCACAAACCUAUAGUAGGAAACAAUCCAGAGAUAUUGUGUGAAAAAGCAAGAAAUACUAUAGAAGAUGUUCUCAUUCAUCAUAGCUGAGUAGUGCAUUGUCUAAUUUUUGUUUAGUUUCACAUCCCUAAUUUAUAGUGUAGAGGCAAAUUUUUUUAAUUUGAAAGGAAUAAGUU